AUGGAAAGAAAAGAUGCGACCCCUGCUAGUGGCCAUUGUGGGCUUUUUGAAUGUUGUCGCUGGAUUGUAAUUGCGUUCCUUUGCGCUACCGAAUUCCCGGUCAGCACAAUUGACAGUGACGGAGCUCAUGCUGGCCGCUAUGAUGUCCGCAAAACUUUGGUUUGGCUUGAUGACGAGAAUCCCAACAACCUGAACAGUUACUUCUUCCUCUUUUGGUUGACUACGGUGGAUGGUCGCAAGUAUCAUAACCUAACCAGUCCUCGUGGGUCCGACAACUAUACAGGCUUGAAUAUCUCCACGAACUAUGCUGGGGUGCAGCUCAACGUACAUGUUACCCCAACCGGCAAUAACCUGUAUAUCGGUGGGGGUGGUGGUAUCACUCUGUUAAGCGAUGGCAAUGAUUUUGGAGAAUCAUACCUGGGUACUCCUGGGUAUUCCCGAGGAUACUUUGAACGCCAGUGGGGAGAGUUUGGGAUUUCUGGCGGCCAUUACGGAUAUUGGCUCUAUCUCUCCAAUGGGUUAAUGGUCCAUAAAUGGGUCGUAGGUCCUACUGUGGAGCAUCCCAAUGGCGUUCACGAGGUUGUGGAAGUGGGCAGGAAUACCACCGCGUUUAAUGUUAACCUGGACAUACCCAGUCGACAAGCGCGAUUGGAUAUAAACCAACUGAUAAGAGAAAGUGAGCUCCGCCCGCUCCCUGGCGCCAAUGGAUAUAAUAUCAGCGAAGCAUACGCUCAAGGCGAAGGUGUCUGGGAAGGCGAACUUGUCAAGUUUUAUGGACAUCUUGAGCAACUCUCUUUCUGGUAG